AUGAAGAACACCUCAGCAGCAGUUGAAGCCUAUCUGCGGGCUGUGGAUAUAAAUCCUUGCGACUAUCGUUCCUGCCAAAUGAUUCUCGACUGUGGAUUUCAAUGGCUCAGUGUUAUGAAACUGAACAGCUUCAUAUGCUUGAGGAGGCAAUCAAGUGUUACAAAAGGGCAACUAAUUGUAAUGACAGGGAAGCAAUUGCUCUACACCAAUUGGCAAAACUUCAUUGUGAACUUGGUCACUGAAGAGGCAGCAUUUUAUUACAAGAAGGAUUUGGACAGAAUGGAAGCUGAGGAGAGGGAAGGACCAAAUAUGGUUGAGGCUUUGAUGUUUCUUGCCCAACAUUGCAAAUCUAAGAAAAGAUUCGAGGACGUGGAGGUGUAUUGUACUCGCCUUCUCGACUAUACUGGUCCAGAAAAUGAAACUGCAGAGAGUCUUCUUCGAGGAAUAAGAUAUGAAAAGUUGGACGUUGAGCAUUUCCCACCCUAA